AUUUCAUACUCGAUCUUGAAACGAUAUAAAAGUAACGUACAAAAGAAAUAAAAGAAGAGAAAAUGGCCAGCAAGCCUUUUGCAAUCAUCGCCGGCGUUGGUCCAGGAACUGGCGCCUCUAUCGCCCGCAAAUUCGCACAAGCAUACUCCGUCGUGCUCCUAGCCCGUAACCCAGCAAACUUCACGCCGGUCGUCGACGAAAUCAACGCAAACGGCGGGCAAGCAACGGGCAUUAGUGCCGAUCUGUCAGACACCAACAGCGUCAACUCCGCAUUUGAGAAAAUCACCCAGCAAUAUGGUGGAUCGACACUCGCAGCAGCAGUAUUCAACUCCGGGGGCGGGUUCGUCCGCAAGCCGUUCCUUGAGUUGACGGAGGAGGAGUUCGUGUCGGGGUUUGAGAGUCAAGCAAAAGGCGGCUUCAACUUCGCGCAACGCACCCUCCCCCUGCUACAGAAGGCAAGCGGACUCCAGCACCCGCCUACACUGAUCUUCACCGGCGCCACAGCUAGUCUGAAAGGCUCGGCGACGUUCUCGGCCUUCGCGUCGGGGAAGUUUGCCCUGCGUGCGUUGGCGCAGAGUCUGGCCCGCGAGUUCGGGCCCAAGGGAGUCCAUGUCUCGCAUGUUGUUAUCGACGGAGUGAUUGAUAUACCUAGGACGAAGGCGUGGACCUUUGAACAUGAGGAUGCGAAGUUGGAUCCUGCGGCGAUUGCGGAUUCGUACUGGCAUUUGCAUACCCAGCCGCGGACGACGUGGGGCUUUGAGUUGGAUUUGAGGCCUUAUGUGGAGAAGUGGUAGUUUGGUUUAUUGGUGCGAUGAGUGUGCUGUCCAAGUAAGGAUGGUUUGUUUGGCUUGAACAAGUUCUAUGACACUACCCGAGUCUUUUCGCGCCAGGUGACGAGAUUGAAGAUACUGUUGAUACUUUUUGAAUUGCGAAUCA